AUGUCAUUUGGGUAGCAAGAAAGAAAAAUGGUUUAUCGCCAAUGGAAGAACUUGUAUUAGAUUACAUUAUUGAAAGAAAGCGAAUGGAUGAUCUUGUUGGAAGUAUAAAAGAUGGUCGAUUCAGAGAACAAAAGUUUCGUUUAUCAAAAUCUGGAGCAAGUCAAAUAAUUUACUUAAUUGAAGAUUAUAAUCUUGAAGAAGUAGUAGAGUUUGGAAUAGAUGCAAUUAAAACAGCUAUCUCAUCAACUCAAAUGUUAAAUGGAUUUUUCUUGAAACGAACGGCUACAAUUGAUCAAAGCAUCGACUACUUGGUUAGAAUGACCAGGAUGCUCAAGAGAAUGUAUGAGAAUACUACAUUAUAUGCUAUUCCCGAUAACAUGAUUUACAGAAGCUCUUUCUUGGACAUGAAAAAGAAUUUGACUGCAUUGCACCCAGAUCGCAACUAUCUUGUAACAUAUUCUUCAUAUUCAGAUCUUAAUAGCAAAAGCAAACCUUUAACAUUGAAAGAUACUUUCGUAAGAAUGCUUAUGACUAUUAGAGGAAUAAGUGUUGACAAGGCGGCAGAGAUAAUCAAGAAUUACCCAACGCCUCGAAAGCUAGCUGAAGAGUUUGAUUAUUUGACCAAUGAAAAUGAUCAAAAGAAAAUGGUUAUGAAUGCAUGUAAUGGUAUUAUUCGUAGAAAAAAAAUUGGACCGACAUUGAGUGAUAAAAUAUAUCAACUUUG